AUGGCGCAAGGCGAAACUAACAUCCCCAUCCUCCUCUCAACAAUGGACCCAGUCCUCGACCCCGACACCUACGUCUUUCUCACGACCACCACACCCCUCCAUUCCCUCCCCCUCCACACGCUCCAACCCCAAAUGGCCAUCGCCGAAGCCCACAAUUACAACAACUACACCUUCCCCUGUCGCAAGAUCUCCCUCAAGGUGCAUUCCAGCCUCGAAGCCGUGGGCCUGAUCGCAACGAUAUCGACGACCUUGGCGGCGCAUGGCAUCAGCACGAACGUUGUGAGUGGGUUUUUCCACGACCAUGUUUUUGUUCCGGCGGGCAGAGAGGGGGAUGCGAUGGGUGUUCUGCUGGGGAUGAUGAAUGGCGAAUCUUGA